GUUCUCGCUUCACCGUAAAUCGCUAUCGCUCUCUCUCUCGUAUUUUGCAACUUCCGAACGAAACUUGCCAUGGCUAACUCCGAUUCCGCCGCAGACCAUCGCAACAAGAACCUCUCCAUCAAUCCACCUCACCAGAUCUUCAAAGAUAUGCAGGGCUCUGACAAUCCGAUUCCUCUUUCACCUCAGUGGCUCCUCUCUAAGCCAGGGGAGAACAAGACUGGAUUGGGAACUGUGGAAGCUCAGGCGAUCCAUAACCCUACUGGAAACAACUCAACAGGAAAUGGGGAGGAGACGCCGGAAAAUCCGAAGAAAAAGGAUGUUUUCAGGCCUUCCUUACUUGCUGCAGAGACUGGCCGCCGUGAGGGUUGGCGUGAUGAGGAGAGGGAUACUUUUUCCGCUGGCAAGAAUGAUCGCUGGCGGAAUGGGGACAAGGACUUUGGUGAUAACAAGAAGGUUGACCGGUGGGACAAUGUGGGCUCUAGGCAGUUUGUGGAGCCACGCCGGUGGAAUGAUUCAGGUAGCAAAGAUGCUGGUCCAGAGCAGCAGCGACGUGGUCCGAGUGACCGGUGGAAUGAUUCAGGUAACAAGGAUGCUGGGACAGAGCAGCGGCGUGAGAGCAAGUGGAACUCUCGCUGGGGACCUGAUGACAAGGAAGGUGACAACACUCGUAACAAGUGGGAUGAACCUGGCAAAGAUGGUGAGACCGUUCGUGAGAAGGCUCCGUCUCUUCCUUCUAGUGAUGGAGACCAUUACCGGCCCUGGAGACCUUCUCAAGGUCGAGGAAGGGGAGAAUCUCUUCACAGCCAGUCAACACCAAACAAGCAGGUUACAGCAUUUUCUCACAGCAGGGGGCGUGGGGACAACACUGCUGUCUUUUCAGCUGGGCGUGGAAGGGUUGCUUCUGGUGGAAGCCUUUUUACUAGCUCACCAAACCAGUCUCACCCUCCUGGAUCUGCCUCUGAAAAAGGGGAAAGUGGUCCCGGAGAGCCUCACCACCUGAGAUAUAGCAGAAUGAAACUGUUGGAUGUUUACAGGAUGGCAGAUACAGUGUGUUUUGAGAAGUUUCCAGAUGGGUUCAUCGAGGUGCCUUCCCUUACUUGUGAGCAGCCGUCGGAUCCUCUUGCUAUCUGCGCUCCAAGUUCUGAGGAAGUGAAUAUUCUGGAUGGGAUUGAGAAAGGAAAAAUAGUGAGCAGUGGUGCCCCUCAGAUUUCCAAGGAUGGCCCUAGUGGACGAAAUCCUGCUGAGUUUUCACAACCUAGGCGAAUCAAGCCUGCUGGAAGCAGGGAAGAUAUGACAUACGCUGCCGACGUAUCCAAAGAUGAGAGUGGAGAAACAAGGGUCUAUCCAGAUAAUAAGUUUAGGCCUGAAGCUUCUCAUGAAGGUUACGCUCCUUUUAGGAAAGGCAAUGAGGUGCAGGGAAACAAUCACGUCCAGUCUCCAUGGCGUCAGCCUGGAGAAAGAUCGAGUAGGAUCUCACAUGAUUGGAAUGAUCCUUCAGCUGAUAACAGGCUGAAAUCUUCUGACAAUGUCUGGUCCCACCCUAAAGAUUCAAUAAACCAUUCAGGCAGCAAUGUUAUGAGCUUGCCACAGUCCAAAGGGGAAUCAAGAUGGCAAAUCGGUGAAGAUCCUGCACUAAGAAGGCAGCCAUCUUUGGUGUUUGAUAGGGAGCGAGAAGUUAGAAAGCCUAUGCCAUCUUCGCCUGAGGAACUAAUGCUCGUUUAUAAAGAUCCGCAGGGUCUAAUUCAAGGCCCUUUUCCUGGAACUGAUAUUAUUGGUUGGUUUGAGGCUGGGUAUUUUGGCAUAGAUUUGCUAGUUCGUCUUGCAAGUGCACCGAACGAUUCCCCUUUUUCAUUACUUGGUGAUGUAAUGCCACAUUUGCGUGCUAAGUCGGGACCACCACCUGGCUUUACCGGUGCCAAGCCAAGCCAAUUUAUUGAUGCAGCCGGUACACCAGCAUUACCUGGUGUGGGGAAAGUUCAUCCUGGGAUCGGGGAGAUUGAUAUGUUGCAAAAUGAUAUGAGGUAUAAGCAAGUUGGAGGUACGGUAGCGGAAAAUCGGUUUAUCGAAUCGUUGAUGUCUGGCAGUUUGAACAAUACAUCUCAAGGUGUUCAAGGAUAUGCAGUAAAUAGUUCUGGUGGGUUGUCUUUGCCAGUUACUGAUGGUGGGGCUGACAUGUAUCUCUUGGCCAAGAAAUUGGAACAUGAACGACAGAGAUCAGUGGCUAAUCCGUAUUCAUUUUGGCCUGGUCGGGAAUCUGCAAACCUAAUGCCAGGAUCCGAGAAUGUGCCAAAAGUUGCUCAACAACCUGCCCGUUCUCCAAGUACUGAUUUGUUGUCCAUCCUCCAAGGUGCAAAGGAUAGGUCUAGCCCUGCUGUCAGUGGUCCUAUUCCUGCAUGGUCGCAUCCCAAUCAAAAGGAUGAUAUGCACCAUGCGAGAAGUUUCCAAACUCAGACUUCCUUUGGGGUCCAACAGCAAAGGCAGCCAGAGCAUAACUCACCUUUAGCAGGUUUACUUGGUCAACCUAUUGAAAAUAAUCCAGCUGGCAUGUUACCCCCUAAUAUGAUGCUCGUCCCUGGACUCUCCCAAGAACAACAAUCGCUCAAUCUGUUGCAACAACAACAGCUAUUGUUGCAAUUGAAUGCUCAGACACCCCUUUCUUCACAGCAACAGAGUCUAGUACUUGAAAAGAUGCUUUUGCUUAAGCAACAACAAAAACAAGAAGAGCAACAGCAGUUGUUACGACAGCAACAACAGCUGUUUUCUCAGGUUCUCGCUGACCAGCAGCAUCCUCAACAACGGUUUGGAGAGCCAUCUUAUGGACAGUUGCAGCAAUCUUUUGAUGCUCUUAGGCUGCAAGAAUCAAAGGAUAUGACACAGGUCAAUCAGCAGAUGCAGCUUCCUGUUGCCCAUCCUUUGCACCUUCAAAACCAGCUGUUUGGUAAUGUUGACCCUAGGAUGAGUGAGGGGACAGUUCCUGCAGACCAAAUCGAUGAUACCCAUAAAAAAGAUUCAGAGUCCGACUAUGAAAGAACAAUUCCUACGGAUUACAUGAACAGCUUGCACUCAGAAAAGCCUGUUCUCUUACCUGGUUACCAUACUACACCUGGCAUGGAAGGACAUGUGGGCUUUCCAAACGAUGAAAUCCCCACUCCUGAAACAAGUGACAGUAAGUCACUAGAGAAACAGACUAAAGAUGUGUAUGCUGGACAGGGAGAGGCAAGUAAUGUGUUACCUGUGGAGGUUCCUCCAACUGAACUUAAAAGCAAUGAAGUUUCUGGAGGAAGGAAGACUUCUGAAAAGAAGUCCAAGAAGCAACGGGGUAACAAGCAGUCUGCUGAGCCGGUUAAGGCAGCUUCUAAGUCUUCUCUGCAGGAGGCAAAACAACCUGAAACAGGAAUUGCUGAUGAUUCUGAGAUAAAGGGUAAAAAUAUGAAUCCAGCUGACACUUUGACAGACAAUGAUACUCACCUCAUUCAGAGCUCCGCAACUGCACCUUCGAGUAAUGUAUUAAUGAGUUCUGAAGCUAUCUCAGUCAGGGGAGAAUCUGGUGUGAACGAGUCUUCGCUGGCAAACACACGAACGCAACCGGGACGUGCUUGGAAGCCUGCCCCUGGCUUUAAACCAAAGUCAUUGCUCGAAAUUCAAAUGGAAGAACAGAGGGUUGCACAAGCAGAAGCUUUAGCUCCAAAGAUAGCUACUCCUAUGAAUUCAGUGGGUUUGGCUUCUCCUUGGGGUGGAAUUGUUACCAGUUCAGAUCCUAUCAACCUAAGAGAGACUCUUGGAGAGUCAGUUAUUACUCAAACAGGUGUUGUGAAGCCUGAAAGUGUUCCUGCUCUUAAGGGUAAGCAAAGCCACUUGCGUGACUUAUCGUCUGAUGAUGUUGUCGCCAAAUCCGGUGUCAAAGAGAGGGAUGUAGUUGGAAGCAUUUCUAACAACACAUAUACCCAAGUAACAUCCACUAACGUAGAGUCGUUUGACGAUGAUAACUUUAUUGAUGCCAAGGAAACUAAGAAGAGCCGUAAGAAGUCUGCGCGAGCAAAAAAUUCUGCAGCAAAAACCGCUGCGCAACAGGUUCCCACUGUAGAUACAUCCCUGCCAACUAGUUCUAUUGAGAAGGGAAAAAAUUCUCGCAUUGUGCAGCAGCAGGAGAAGGACGCUUUGCCUGCUAUUCCUUCUGGGCCUUCUUUGGGAGAUUUUGUUCUCUGGUCCAAAGAUGAGACUGUGAACAAUCCUUCACCAGCUGCUGCAUGGUCGACUGGUCCAAAGAAAUCCACAAAACCUAGCUCACUUAGGGACAUCGUGAGGGAGCAGGAGAAGAUGACGAUCACAUCUCAUCCGCCUCCUAGUCCAGCACCUACAACCCAGAAACCUACCCCACCACAGGCUGUUUCUCAACCUUCCUGGUCUCGCUCCCCUUCACAGGCUGCUUCUCAAUCUUCGUUGCAGUCAAAAUCAAAGGGAGAUGAUGACCUUUUCUGGGGUCCAGUUGAGCAAACAACCCAGGAAUCAAAACAGGGAGACUUUCCUCAGCUUUCAAGUCAAAACAGCUGGGGAACCAAAACCACACCUGGGAGGGGAAGUGCCGGAAGCUCGCUGAAUCGACAGAAAUCAGUUUCAGCGUCUUCACCUGCGUCCCAGAAAGGGAAAAAGGAGGAAGUGACAAAACUCACAGAGGCAAAUGGCUUCAGAGAUUGGUGCAGAAGCGAAUGUCUCAGGCUUCUUGGUUCAGAAGAUACAAGUGUGUUGGAGUUUUGUCUGAAGCUAUCCCGAUCAGAAGCAGAAACUCUUCUGAUAGAAAAUCUGGGGUCGGUUGACAGAGACCACAAGUUCAUCGACAAGUUUCUCAACUACAAAGACCUGCUACCAUCAGAAAUAGUGGAGAUUGCAUUUCAAUCAAAGGGGUCGUCGUCGUCUGCGUCUGUAGUGAAGACCCGAAACAACAACAAGGCGGCGGAAGAAGAAGAGUAUUACAAAGUCCAGACAAACGAAGGGUUUUCGAAAGUGGGAGGAAAGAAAAAGGGGAAGAAAGGGAAGAAAGUAAGCUUAAGCUCAUCGGUUCUGGGAUUUAACGUGGUUAGUAACAGGAUCAUGAUGGGUGAGAUUCAGUCAAUUGAGGAUUAAGAGUGAGGGAGGAUGAAGUUGGUUUUUGUCUCGUUUCUCCAUGGUUCUGAGUUAUGCCUACUUUAUUUCAGAGAUUUUGGCACAAUACAGACACAAAGCUUGAUGACAAAUGUGUUUCUGAAGUAAAACUGAAAACUCCGUUGUUUUGUUGUCUUUCUUAGUUUCUGUAGUGGAUAAAGAGUUUUCAAAACAGUUUUAAAAUAUGUAUUAGAUACACACAUCAGGUUUAUUUUUAUGUUAUUUCAAUCCAAAAGAAAGUUUCGUUCA